GCCUUCUCUCUCUGCCAGUGUCUGUGUCUGUCUGUCUGUUUCUGGGUCUGCGUCUCUACCCCUCUCGCAAAACCACCAGGAUCCACGCACUCGGGCUUUGAGACGUUCUGUUUCACAUAGGGAGAGAGAUCUUUAUUUCAUGGGCCUUAACCGUAGGGACUUGGAUAGAAUUCUUGCUCUUCUCCAGCUUUUUCAUCAAUGGCCAAUCCUCUCACUCUCUGUCUCAGCUCCUACUUCUUCACUCUUCUGAUUCUUCACAGACUUCUACCCAUUACCGGACUUCACCUUCUCCUCAUCUUUCUUCACUCCCUUUUCUAAGUCUCGCUUACCGGUUUUCCCGGUACCCACUUCCUCUUCUUUAUCCUUCUCUCUGCUUGAUUCUCGGGAAAAUAAGAUACGCAGGAAAUAUUAUUUUAUUCCUGGAUUUUUCUGGAGCAAACGCAAACUGGCCCCCCUCUAGUUGAUUGCUCUGUGAAGGUGGGAAAGUGGAAGAAAGUUCAACUUUCAAAUAUCUGGAUCCCCUCGGAAGUUAUAAACUUCAUUGACCGAACUUAUUAAAUCGAGGCUUCUCUUUAGCCAAACAGCAGUAUACAACUAUUCAUUGUCAGAUAUCUAGUGAUUUCAGACAAACGGGGAUUGAGAAUGGCAUCGGUGUUUCUGUACCAUGUGGUGGGCGAUCUGACGGUGGGGAAGCCUGAGAUGGUGGAGUUUCUGGAGAUGGAGACUGUCGAGUCGGCGAUACGUGCGAUCGGGGAGUCGACAGAGGGAGGAAUACCGGUGUGGAAGAGGAGAUCGCAUUCCCAGCAUCCAGGUGUGAUUGAGAGUGGUGAGAUGAGGCAGCAAAGGUUUGUGGGCAUUCUUAGUUCUCUUGACAUUGUUGGCUUCUUGGCAAGGAGUCAGUGUUUGGAGGAUCAGGACAAGGCCAUGAAGACCCCAGUUUCCGAGGUGGUUGUGCCUAAUAAUUCCCUGUUGAGGCAGGUUGAUCCUGGGACAAGAUUGAUAGACGCCCUAGAGAUGAUGAAGCAAGGUGUGAAGCGUCUUCUUGUUCCCAAAAGUGUGGGAUGGAAAGGCAUGAGCAAGCGAUUCUCCAUCCUAUACAAUGGUAAGUGGCUGAAGAAUAUUGAUACCUCAAGUGGCAGUGGCAUUAACCUCAACGCCAACACCAACCGUCCUUCCUCAUCUUCCACAUCUUCCACCACCACUCUCCGUGGUAAGUUUUGCUGUCUGUCAAGAGAAGAUGUCAUCCGUUUCAUUAUUGGUUGCCUUGGUGCUUUGGCCCCACUCCCUCUUUCCUCCAUCUCCUCCCUUGGAGUCAUCAACACAAACUACUACUCUAUUGAAGCCUCCUUGCCAGCCCUCGAAGCAACCCAAAAGCUUCCUGGAGACCUUAGUGCAGUAGCUGUUGUGGAAUGCACGCCGGAUGGACAGUAUAAGAUCAUUGGAGAGAUCUCUGCCACUAAACUAUGGAAAUGUGAUUACUUGGCGGCGGCAUGGGCUUUAGCCAAUCUUUCUGCUGGACAGUUUGUGAUGGGAGUUGAAGAUGAUGUGACCUCAAGGUCGUUGCCAGAUUUCACUCUGAAUUCAACAGAUGGCAAUAACAAUUUGGCUAAUGGAGGUGGUGGGUCAAGAAGGCCGAAGAAAUUUAGCAGUAGGAGUAUUGGGUUCUUUAGCAAUAGCCCAAGUUUUGGUGGCAAUAGGAGCAUGUAUAGGGGCAGAAGCGCCCCCUUGACAUGUAAGGUUACGAGUUCAUUGGCUGCAGUUAUGGCUCAGAUGUUGUCUCACAGGGCUUCUCACGUUUGGGUGAUCGAGGAUGAAAGUGAUGAUGUUCUAGUUGGGGUGGUGGGUUAUGCUGACAUUUUGGCUGCUGUGACCAAACAACCUGCUGCAUUUGUUGCUGCCAAUCGAUCUGGCGAGGCAUUUGGAAAUGAAAUUCAAACUUGAAUUUGUUAAUUUAUUAUUUUUUUGGGUGGUUUUGAGGUUGUAUUAAGCUAUAUAGAAUGUUUGCAAUUGUGUACUCUAGGAUGCAUAAGAGAAUUGGGCUUGCUAGAUUUGCAUGUUGUCAAGGUUCUUUCUUUCCUUUCAAAACUAUUUUGUUGUGAUAAUAAAACCAUUCAGUCGUGUUCCUGUAAUAUUUACAAGUGCAGUUUCGAUUUU